AUGCCUAAACUAGCUUCACUAAAAACGUCUAAACAAAGAAAAAUUAAUGGUAUCCGUAUAUACAGAUGUUUAAAAGGAUUUACUAUUUUAUUUACAGGAAAAAUAGAGGCAAUUAUCGAAUUUAAAAAUAUUCUCAAGAAAUCGGAUAAACAAACAGAAGCAGAUCUUGCUACAGUUAAAUUACAACAUUUCAGUAAAACAAUGAACUACUAUACAACUUUUGAACUCAAUCAAGUAACAUACAACAAAUUAGACAUGAUUUUAAUAGCUAAAUACGGGAGUGGAGAAACAAUUAAAUCCUCGGCAAGCAAAAAAAAUGAAAAAGCAACAGAAGUUACAAAAUACGAAAUAAAAAACCUGACUAUUUAUAAUAUAAGAACUACCCUUCCGUUCAAAUAUCUGAUAUAA